AUGGAAAGCAUGAGAGGAGAAGUGGUGCUCAACAUCCCUGCACAGAGAGCUUGGCAUAUGUUCAUGAACGAUCAAGUCAUCAGCAAGAUCAACCCAGAAAUGCUAGCCAGUGCCAAGUUCAUCGAAGGAGAUGGUGGCCCAGGAAGCGUUAGGCUUUUCAAGCUUGGACCUGCAGUGAAAGACUAUGUGAAGGAAUCGAUCCAAAAGAUUGAUCAAAUGGAGAUCGGAAGGUCUGUUACAUACCAUGUCGUUGGGGGGGACUUGCCAAAGAUGUAUGAUCCUUACAGAGUCACCUUUUCAUUCACACCCGUUCAAGGACAAGAGAAGGACAAGUGUGUUGCUCAGUGGAAGGCAGAGUUUCGGCCACUUACUCUGGCAACACCUCCACCGGAAAAAGCAAGAGAUGCUGCUCUAGGCUUCCUCACCUUCUUUGACAAGGUCCAACUAAGCUACUAGCUCACGUGUUAGCUAGCCAUUAAUCAUAUAUGUGUGUGUGUCCGAUCUAUAUAUGCUUUUAUUAUGUCUACAUGAAGGCUGCUUAUGUCUAUCAUUCACGGGUAUAUCGUACUGUAUUUGAAGCUAAAUCUCAGAAAGAACUGAGUUUAUAAACUACUCGUUAGAGAUAAUAAAACCAUUUGGGUAAUGUUGUGGUGGUGAA